AUGAAUUCUCCUGGUUUUUAGAAUUAAAUAUCUCCUAAUUUACGCAAUUUCAAAGAACUUUAUCACUUUAAAUAUUAAGAAAAGCAGUUAUAAUCACCUACUAGUUAAUAAGGAUAUUAAAAUUUGCAAAGCAGCCAAAUUAUUUCUCCUACCUCUUCUAUGAAUUAGAUGUCUAAGGAUUCUCUGCUCCAUUCAAGCUAAAUUAUGAACAAAGCAAGUCCUACAGCAGUAAAAUUCCCAUCAUUUUCAACUUCGCAAAAACAAAAACUCUUUUUAAGUAACACAAACGUUAUCCCAAAGAAAGUUUAAUCCAAGGCAAAAAUGAUAUAAUUGAACUUAUAAAACACAACUUAGAAUUAGACAUAAGUACAUUAAUCAGCUAGGAAUGUAGAUAGCACUAAUAUUUCGCACUCUAGCUAAUAAAAUUUGCAUCACAACUAAUCAAUUUAAAAUUCUUCUAUAUAGUAAUUCGGAAAUUCAGUAAAUAUUUCACGUCAUUAAUCAUUCUAGCAAGCAGCACCUUCACCUCAAAAUGUUUAAUUAUAAGGAUUUCUUUCAAAGCAAUCUUCCUAAUCUAAUUUGAAUUCCUCUUAGCUCCAACACUAAGCUGCAUUUUCUGCUACCCGUAGUAAAGGUUCUGUUGGUAGCUUCGUGGGCACAUUUAAUAACUCAAAUGAAAACUCAUAAAAUGUAGAAUAGAAAAAAUAUGAGUAAUACUAGCUGCUAUAGAAGUAUAAGAAUACACCCUUUUUGAAUUACAUGUAAUUGAGCUAAGCGAACUCGCCCCAUUUGUCUCAAUCUUAGAAUUUUAUGAUGAUGAAAGAAAUACAAUAAAACUAUUAAUAAUCAUUAGGACAUAGUAGAAAUCCAUCUUAAAACUAACUCUAAUAAACUCCUCAAUACGAAAGAAAGCAAAGUUCGAGACUUGAAAAUAAAAGUUCAAUAAUGAGUCCAACUAAUUAGAGUUAGAUACAAAAUUCUAACACAAAUUAAACAAAUUACGACAAUUUUAAAUUAGACAGUACAAUAACUAGGUGGUCACAUUAAAACAUGAACAAGAAUCAAUUUACUUAUCAAUAUGUAAUUGGAAAAGGAGGGUUUGGAAAAGUUUGGAGAGUAGAGCACAAAAAAAAUCAAAAACCAUACGCUAUGAAAGAAAUGUCAAAAUCAAAAAUAAUUACAAAGAGAAGUGUAAAUUCAGUAAUGAGUGAAAGACAUCUUUUAAGUUAGCUCAAAAACCCGUUUUUAGUUAACAUGAACUAUGCUUUUUAAGAUAGAGACAACUUAUAUUUAGUGAUGGAUUUAGUUAGUGGUGGUGAUUUGAGAUUCCAUAUAGGGCGUCAUAGAAGAUUUAGAGAGAAUUAAACUAGGUUUUUUGUAGCAUGUAUAAUGGUAGCAUUAGAGUAUUUACAUACAAGAAAUGUCAUUCAUAGGGACAUCAAGCCUGAAAAUCUUGUUUUAGAUACAGAUGGAUAUGUUAAGGUCACUGACUUGGGAGUAGCUCGUGUAUGGAAACCUGAGAACUCUUAAGAUACAUCAGGGACACCUGGAUAUAUGGCUCCUGAAGUUAUGUGUAGAUAGAAUCACGGUAUAGCUGUUGAUUAUUUUGCAGUAGGAGUUAUUGCAUAUGAGUUUAUGAUGGGUCGUAGACCAUAUUUAGGAAGAAAUAGAAAAGAGAUAAGAGAUUAAAUUUUAGCCAAACAAGUCUAAAUAAAAAAACACGAAAUACCAGAUGGAUGGUCAAUUGAAGCAGCUGAUUUUAUUAACAGAAUGAUACAAAGAAAGCCAAUGAAUCGUUUAGGAGUUAAUGGACCUGAAGAAGUUAAAUAGCAUCCAUGGCUCAAAAAUUUCCCUUGGGAAAAACUUUUAAAUAGAUAGAUUGAUGCUCCAUUUGUACCUUAGGCUAUAGAAGAAAACUACGAAUACAGAUAAUAAAUAUCAGCAGAUGGUGAAGACACAAACGAAGAGUUAAUCUAAUAAAAUGCUAUCCUCUUAAGAAAAAAUUCUGUGUAGAAUUUAUUUGCAGGCUACAACUAUGAUAUUAACGAAAAUUAAAGAUAAUAAUAACAGUUAUAAUAGUAAUAAAGCCAAGGCUAAAAUUAAACACUUCAAUAAACUGGAAGUACUCAUAGUACAAAUAAUACAAAUAUUCCCUCUGAUAGAUCAUAAUCAGCACUUGCUCAUCAUGCUUCUCCAACAGCUCAAUCAUAAAGAAAAACUCCAAUUUAGUAUGCUUGA